AUGCCUCGACUACCGCUGGUGGAUAUACUCCAUAGAGGAGUAGUGUAUUCGUUAGCUGGGCUGACUGUGUACGGCGUGGUUAUGUCAGUUCUCAUCCAUCGGGACACUAUCCGAAGGGGCGAAGUCUCUGUCAAUCGGUUUAAUCAAACCCUCCAGAUCAUGCUUGAAAGAAAGGCAUUGGGAUUGCCACUAACCAAACCUAAGAAGGAGGAAAUCUCAGAAGAAGUCGAACAGACGCUCGCAGAACAGGCACAGGCCAUCUUCAAAAACAGACGCCCUUCAUAA